GUUUCCUUGUAGACCGAGUUGCUGGAGUUAGCAUCAUUCCUGGGACUUCCUGAUCGCCUCCCCCUUCAAACCUACCCCCCUUCUCCGCUGCCCACGCUCCUCCCCGCGUUCCCUGUGUCUCCCUCCUUCCCUGCUUUCCUCCUGUCUCUUCUCCCCACCCCGCCAGCCGGCAGCCCGGCUGUGCUGGGAAAGGGCGGGCGCCGGCGUCUGCUAGGGUGGGUGAGAGCUAGAGCUAGAGCGAGCUCGUCAGUGCUGGAGUCCGUGCUGGAGCCAGAGCAAUCUUGGGGCAUCGGGGGAAGGAGAAAGGACCAAGCACCUGGGAGAGGCGUGGAACCUUUCCAGCCCAGGCGCUCUUCAUGGCGUCUCAUCAGCAAACGAGGAUCCAAGCUUACCUGGAGAAGAACAAAAUAGGUCCCCUGUUUGAGGAAUUGAUGACCAAACUCAUAACAGAGACACCUGACCAACCAAUCCCAUUCCUCAUUGACCAUCUACAGUCCAAACAAGGACCCCGAAGUCAACUUCAAAGAACAUUGUCUGGUUCAGCAGCUUUAUGGGCAGAAAGUGAAACAUCAGAACCCAAAGGAACUAGAAGAGACUUCAGAAGUUAUGAUAAACCCUGGCAGGUAAAUGCAAAGAAGCCAAAGAAGUCCAAGAGUGACCUUGCUGUGUCUAAUAUUUCUCCACCAUCACCGGAAUCCAAAUCAUUGCCAAGGUCAGUGGAGCAUCCUAAGUGGAACUGGCGGAUCAAACCAGAAAGCCAUGACUUUGAUGAAUUAAAUCACAUCCUUCAAGAGAGCAAGAAGCUGGGGAAAGCCCUUGAGAAUCUCUCUAGAAGCAUUGCUAUUUCAGAUGAACUUGAUAAGGAUACAAUGGCUUUUAACUCAACUCUUCUGAGACCUCGAGUGAUUGGAGAAUGGGUUGGUCGAGAAGAAAAUGAUGCUGAUCCACUUGCUGCUGAAAUGUUGCAGCCUCCAAUUCCCAGAAGCAAAAAUGAGCAGUGGGGAAGUGAAGACAGCACCACUAGCCCUGCAGGAAGCUUAAAGAUGGAACCCAAGAGUAAAGGAUUAAAACAGCAGCAACAGCAACAUAAGAAGCUUCUAGCAGCAAUGUUAUCUCAAGAUUCUUUUGAAUCCAUCCACAGUCCCACUCCAUCUGUAACUGAAGAAGAUAUUGACAAUGAAGAUGAUGCAAUGGAAUUGCUGGAGGACCUGGAUGAUUUGAGAAUGGAAGGAGUAACUACCCUGAUGCCUUCUGGGAGCAAAUUUAACCCCACUCGAACAACUCAUCUUCCUGAACCCCAGGCAAAGGUCACAUUGAACAUCUGCUCCAGGUGUGCCAGGUUACAAGGUGACAAUCUAGAAGAAGGGACAGAAGAAGUUUCACAGAUGCUUCAAACACCUGAAGCAGCAGCCCCAGACUCUGUAGAAACAGAUUCUUUAUGUGCAACUGAAGCAAUGGAGGAUGAUGAAUUUGAAAGUGCUUCUCAAAUAAUAGGACCUUGCCCCCCAGUAUGGGACCUGGCUAACAUGGCUACCAGAAGUGGGAGCUCCCCAAGCUUAAAACUCUUGAAAGAUUCUUUAGCUGCAAAGGAACUACAGAGCAUGGAGAAGCAUCUUGCUGAUAUUGAAAAGGACCUUGCACUGUGGGAAGAAGCAAGACAUGCAAGAAGUCCAAGUAAUACGCAUAAUAUUUCAGUUGCAUCUGACCUUCAAGGAAAUCUUCAGUCAUCACCAGGACUUGGUGCAAGACUUCCAGAUCCCAGCCAAACAGGCAAAACCAUUCAGCUCAAGCUCCAGGGAGACAAAUCCCUCCCUUCUGUCGACAGCAGAGUACGAGUCUCCAGUAUCUCAAAUAGUAGGCCUCAUCUUCUCAUAGCCCAGACAAACAGGCCUCAGACGCUAACAGUUCCAGGAAGCAGACCUAUAACUCCAAAUAGUUUGUUGUCUCGAACUCUUACCCCUAGCAACCAGGGAAAGAAGGAAAGGAGUAUUAAUAUUCAAAGGAGCAGGUCUGUCCCAUCUAAGAGCCAAAUUGGUAGAACCCUCAGCACUCCUCCUGGGCUAGUUAUUCCAAUAAGUGGAGACAAGCUAACAAGUACAAUUCUGAGAAGCAGUUUUUCUGAAGGAGAAGCUUCCAGUGGGGGACUCUCACUGAAGAACUUCAUGGAAGAUGAGGAUUCUUUAAAGCAUCUGCAGGUUGUUCAUCAGCCAUGGAUUUUACCAAGUGACACAGAGAGUGAAGGAAUUGAAGCAGAACAAGAUAAAUGUAUGUGAAACUGGUAGAAGAAUAUACAUGUAGUUAAUAAUGAAAUUAUCAAUUAUUGAGAUCAACCUACAGAUAUGCUUUUAUUGUGUAUAAUAGCUUAAAGAUUGGUUAUUUUUCUAAUAUGAAUAGGGAAAAAGUACUAAUAUUACCAGCGAUACUAAAAUGUGGAAUCACAGUACAUUUUAACUAGCAUGGCACAGAAACCUUGAGGAGGUUAGUCUUAACUACAACUCUUAACUUGUGGUUAGUGCACUGGGAUUUGGAUGAGUCAACAUCUGGCUAUUUUAGAUGGAAAUUUGACAUGUUAAAUAAUAUCCAAUGCAAAUAAUUUUGCUUAAAGUCUUUCUCUAUUUUAACUUGUCUAGUGUUUUUUUUACUCCUUAUAUUUUUAUAAUAUUUUAUCAUUUUUUAGAUUAAUAAAUUAUACAUAUUUACCUAAGUGUGCCAAAAUGUACCAUUUCAGUUUCAUGGAGUUAAAUGUUUAGUCACUGUUACCUGCAUUGUAUUCUUUGUGGAGUUCUGUAAUUACUACUUUUUAAAGUAUCUGAUCUUACUUUUUAAAAAAAGGUGAAUUGCUCAUGGUGAGCAGGUAUAUAAAGAAUGAAAUGCAUGAAAAAAACCAAAUUCUUAUGCAAUGAAAAAUGUUUGUCCACAUAUUCAACUUUGAACACUGUUCACAUGAUCUAUUUUUUGAGGAUAAGUAAUAUCUACUUACACUUUUGAACAUGUUUAUACAGUGAUGCUCAACAGUGAUUUAAUGUUAACAAAAUAGUAGCUUUCUUGAGCAUGUUUUCCAUUUGUUUUCUUGUUUGUCUCAGAACCUGUGUUUGGUUGUUGCAUUUUAACAUGUAAGAUUGUUUAGUUAAAUCACAUGUUUAAUGCUUUCCCCUAAAGUGGCCAAAAAAGUCACUACAUGAUAAAAGAAUAAAAAAACAAAACAAAACCUGAUCACUGAAACACUCUUACAUUAUGGAUAUUAAUUUUGACCAAUGACUCAGUCAAUAUUUCUGGAAGUAAAAAUUUGUGAUAGUAGUAUUUUUAAAACUAUCAUUAAAAAGUAUAAAGUUUAAUUUAAAAGCAUAGAAAAAUAAUUCAUAAAGUUAGCCAAGGAGUUUCUGGGCCAAAUAGAUAUACAAGAUAUGUAAUCAUAAGGAAUAUAUAAAUCUAAAGUGGUCUUCUGGUUUAGUUCCUUGUUUCCAGACAAGUCAAUUCAUUAAUUAUUAAGAAGAUAUUUUUGUCCAUCCUAUUUUUAGAAAUAUUUUGGUAUAUUAUUUGCAUUCUAGCUUGGGUCCACUUCUAUUUUUUUAAUCAUAAUACAACCAAGUUUUUAUAUCUAAUUGGACUCAACAUUUAAACAUAUUUCCAAUUGCUUCUUUUUUAUGGAAAUAAGUAUUUUGUAUGCUUAAAGAAAAUGAUUGUCAUAUGUGAACCACCUUGUCUCUAACUUUCUGAAUUCUAGUUAUCAAUUAUCUUCAUUGUACCUAUUUCCAUGUCCUCCAACCACUUUUUUGGUAUAAGUCUCCAUAGCCCAAAAUAUACACUGGGGUAUUUGGAGACAUUUUCCAGACCUUGAUCAAAAUUCUCCCUAUUUGGAAAAAUUUUGAGGAACGCAUUAGCUGAUGAAUGAGACACUAAGCACUAUAAGGAGUCAGUUUUCCCUGAAUUGUGUCAAUACUUCCAGAACAGCAAAGUGUAUUUCGCAUGCCUGGAGUUAGAUGGAUGUAUUUAGACUAUUGCUAGAAUCUUUUUGUAUGGAAGCAGCAUCUAGAAUCCAUAUACAUGCAUGGAACUUGUACAAGGUGUGCUAUCACACUCCAAGGAAGAAUUUCCAGUGGUCAUAACUCUAACCCUAAGGGAAAAUGCCAAGGGCGAAUCUUCCUCUGAAUAUGGCAGCACACUCCUACCCAAGCUCUCUGCAUGCCUUUGCCAGCAUUUCUAAAUCGUUUGUAAUAGCAGUCAAUAUAAUGUAACAAUCCAAAUCAACUCUGCCUAGACUGAUGUGAAUGGACAGAUUAGUUACUUAAUGACAUCACAAGGAAAAUGAAGAAGGAAUGAUUUUUUUCCUCUGUAUUUUUUGUCCCAAGAACAAUUGGGGGUAUGAAUUAGCAUAAAAAGUAUUAUAUAUGACUCUA